AGUGUCAAACGGUAUUUUAGGAUGAUUCUAGGUUAUGUUUUGCUGAAAAUGUUCCUUCUUUAAAACGUUAAAUUGACCAAAUACACAAGGUUUUCUUAAAAAUAUGGCUAUGAUCAGAGCAGGUUUGCAAAAACUUGCAACUGCUUUUACUGGCAGCCAAGGAGGCAUUUUAUCAAGAUUUUUGAGUAAUUUAAUACCCCGAGAGAACACAGCUGACACGCAGAAGGAUGUCAUAGCAACAUGUAACAAACUAAUAGAGCAGAAAGCCUCAAGGAACUUCGCUAUUGUGCAUCUGCUCGGCAAACAGUGGCGUGUCACUGACGGUGACUUGCUCGUUGUCGAGGGUUACUGGCCACCGAAUAUCGGGGAUAAGAUAAAACUAGAUAAAGUGUUGCUUGCGGCCACUAAGGAUUUCUCACUAAUAGGGAGACCACUAGUCCAGCCUGGCUUGGUCAAUGUCACUGCUACAGUAAUAUCUAAAGCCCUCUCGCACACUCGCGUACAUUUCAAGAAGAAGAGGAGGAAGCAGUAUAUGAGAAUUAACUUCCAGCGGGCUGAACAGACAAUGUUGAGGAUUAACUGUGUUGAGAUAGCUAAUAAGAUCAAUGAGGCCCCGAAGAAUGUUUUUUAAAUUAGUAAAGUUUAGUUGUUAGUUUAAUGUUGUAAUAUAGAAAUAUUGUAAACUAAAAA